CAUAAUCUCCUCUUUAAUGAACUAACAGAGACUCAAAGCGGGACAACAGCCGGAUAUUUCCGUCCAACAACAAGACUCCCUACUUAGAGAAUCAAAUCAUUUUAGAAUGACAGCUUCCACAAAUGAGGAAGACAGUGCCGUGAGCAACGACUACGCCACAGCCAUCGGCACCCUCAUCCUCACCCUGGUUUUCCUCCUGGGCGUCCCCGGCAACCUCUUCAUCGUCUGGAGCAUCCUGGCGCGCACCAGGAAGCGCUCCGUCACCACCAUCCUCAUCCUCAACCUGGCCUGUGCGGACGGCUUCAUCAUGGCCCUCACCAUCUUCUUCAUCAUCUACCUGGCCAAGCAGACGUGGAUCUUUGGACCCGUUAUGUGCAAAGGCCUCUUCUACUUGUGCAACGCCAACAUGUACGCCUCCAUCUUCCUGAUCACACUGAUGAGCGUACACAGGAUGGUGGCGGUGCUGUUUCCACAGAAACUGCACCUGUUAAGCAGAAAGGUUGUGACGAGGGUGAUCAUGGGAAUGUGGGUGCUGGUCAUGGUGAUUUCCAUCCCCUCACUGGUGUUUCGAGAACUGGAAAUUGAGCCGGAUUUUAGCGAGAAUAAUUCACGGAUUGUGUGUUCACCCAACCACACCUGGCCCACUCAUGUCCGGUUUCAGUAUUCUUUAGAGACAGUUUCAGGAUUCAUCCUCCCGUAUGCGGCCAUCAUAACCUGCUAUGUCCUCACCCUGAGACGCCUGAGACAGACCCAGUUCCAGCGAAGGAUUCGCAGCGAAAAACUCAUCCUCGCUAUUGUUAUAACAUUUGGCAUAUUUUGGUUUCCAUACCAUGUAAUCAACAUGGUGCAGGUUGCAGCUGAGUGGUAUAAGAAGAAGUCAGAAACUAGAAAAAAAUUGGAAUUGAUUCAUGAGUCCUGCAGAGCUGUGACCUCAGCUUUGGCUUUUCUCAGCAGCUGUGCCAAUCCCAUCCUUUACACCUUCGCUGGAAAGUCCUACAUCAAGAAAAACGGCUUAGCCUUCAUGGCUAAGCUCUUCGACGGCACGGCAUCAUCGGACCAAACAGCCAGUAAACAGAAAGGGAGUGCAGGAGAAAUGAACAAUAUCUUAAACAACUCUACCAUUGCAACAGUGGGCUAGAUUAGAGCAUUAAAUGGACCACGAAUUGUAAAAUGUGCAAAUCUACUUGUGGGAAAAACCAAUUUUCACAACAGAACUUUUACUUUUUUAAACCAUCAUAAAUGAUUACAGGAUAAACUCUCUGACAAACUUUAAUUUCAGUGAUAAAGUUGCUACAUCAUAUAUAAAGGUUUUCCAAUUCUUGCUUGGAUUACCAACAUAGUGUGAGAAAAAAAA